CCAUCUCCUCUUCCUUAUGCUUCGAAUUGGGUGUAAAUUAAGGUGUCUUGGUAGAGUCACACAAGUGUCAACAUGCCUCCGUUACAUAAAAGCCAGCACUCAAAACCCUUUAAACAAAGGAAAAGCCUAGCUACCAGAAUGGAAGAGGUUGCCGGGAUUCGGACUAAAUUUCCAACUAAAAUUCCGGUAAUCGUAGAACGGUAUCAAAGAGAGAAAUACCUCCCACCUUUGGACAAGACGAAAUUUCUGGUGCCCCAAGACCUUUCAAUGACUCAGUUCAUCACUAUAAUUAGAAACCGAAUGUGUCUGCUGCCAAGCCAAGCGUUUUACCUGCUGGUUAACAAUAAGAGUCUGGCCAGCAUGUCCCUAACCUUGGCAGAAGUGUACAAGGAUCACAAAGAUGAAGAUGGCUUUCUCUAUAUGACUUAUGCAUCCCAGGAAAUGUUUGGAUCUUCUGCUCACAUUAACCAUUGGAAGUCUUUAAAAAACCCUUUAGCAGCACAGUGAUUUCUUUCCCCUCACCAUCACUUUUUUUUUUUUUUUUUUUUUUUUUUUUAAAAAGAUUGGUUUCCCAUUUUUGUUGUCAUAUUGGAUGCCCGUGCAUUGGCAGGCCCAAGUAUUGGUGCAUAACUGAAUAACAGAAACUUGUUUGUGUGUCUAGAUAUGUUUAGAAGACUGAUACCAUUUUAUUGGUGCUUGUUUUGUACAUGAUUGGGAACAUUGUUAAAUUGUCUCAAAUAAAAGAUUACAGUAUUUAA